AGUUCUCUAGUGAAGUCUCUUUUAAACUUCAUAGAUACUCUCCAGAGAUAAGGAGGAAAUUGGUUCAAAAGGAAAAAAAAGAUGGCCACCAUUGAUGCUCCUAAGCAGGUUUCAUUUCAACAAGAUGCAGAAGUUCUUAGAAAGGCUUGCCAAGGAUGGGGGACAGAUGAUAAGGCGAUAAUUUCAGUGUUGGGUCAUAGAAAUGCAGCUCAAAGGAAGCAAAUCAGGCUUGCUUAUGAACAACUGUACCAGGAAGAUCUCAUCAAGCGUCUCGAAUCGGAGCUUUCUGGCGAUUUUGAGAGAGCAGUGUAUCGUUGGAUAUUGGAGCCGGCUGAUCGAGACGCCGUCUUGGCUAACGUCGCCAUAAAGAAACUAAGCCCUGAUAACCAUGUGAUCGCCGAAAUUUCAUGCACCAGAUCCCCUGAAGAGCUCUUGGCCGUAAGAAGAGCCUAUCAGGCUCGAUACAAACAUUCCCUGGAGGAAGAUGUUGCUGCUCACACAAAGGGAGACAUCCGAACGCUGUUGGUUGCCUUGGUGACUGCAUUUAGAUAUGAUGGGGAGGAGAUAAAUACAAGACUAGCAAAUUCUGAAGCCAAAAUUCUCCAUGACGCUGUCAAAGACAAGAAAUUUAACCAUGAAGAAGUUAUCAGGAUCUUGACUACAAGGAGCAAGAUGCAACUCAUGGUGACUUUCAACCGUUACAGAGAUGAUCACGACACUUCCGUUACCAAGCACUUGCAGGGUGAUUCAGGUGAUGAAUUUCUUCCGGUAUUGCGUACCUCUGUUCGAUGCCUCAAUGACCCAAAAAAGUACUUCGAAAAGGUUUUGCGCAAUUCGAUCCGGAGGACGGGAACCGAUGAGGAUGCACUUACCAGAGUGAUUGUUACAAGAGCUGAAAAGGACCUGAAAGAUAUCAAAGAGGUUUAUCACAAGAGAAACAGUGUGCCUCUUGAUCAAGCUGUUGCAAAGGACACCUCAGGGGAUUACAAGGCAUUGCUUCUUACACUGCUGGGGAAACAAGAUUGAACGUCUUUGUUUGGCCAUUUUCAAGUGUUUUAAUUAAGUGUUGUGAGUUGGGACCUUCUCCGUAUGAGUCAC